GUGACGGUGAACACCAACUCUCCGUUGCCCGUUCUUCUGCCCCAGUGCAUGGGUAAAGCAGGAAACAUCCAGCAGCGGAGGCGACGCUCGUUCCAGGGCCAACCAUUCCGGCAAACGCAGCAUGCGACGCCUCGCCUCGCCUCCCUCCCUCGCCCAAAGUAAGUAAUACCAAGGUAAGAAAGAGCAGCACGCAGGUCAUGUCAGAAGCCAUGGAGACGGACGGACGGACAGACAGACAGAUGGGAGGCGAAGUGUGUGGGAGGGAGUCGCUGCACGUGGGUGAGGAAUCAUCGGUGAUUCCGCAGCACUAGUCGUCUCGGUCGAUCCCACGCAUCUUCCCAUCUCCAUCCUGCUUUUUUCUUCCUUACAGCCGAAAGGGGUCAGCUGGGAUCGACCCUUCCAUCGGCAGGAAUGGCGUAACUACUGGCGUAAGCAUGAAAGCUCCACCUUUUCGUGUGGAAUCCGUGCUGGAUCCUCUCUUGCAUCAGCUUUUUCAAGUCGAUGGUUUCGAUUUCGAUUCGAAUUAUUAAUUUUGAUUCGAUUUGAUUCAAACUUAACCGUCCGUGGAAGUAACCCGUCACCUUCACCAACGCACACUUGACAAUGUCGAGAGCUGACAAAAGCUAUCUGAACGACAGCUUAGUCGAUAUCAGUUACCAUCAAGCUGCAGGAAGAUUUACUCGCAAACUUCUUCGUAAUGCAUCGGUUAUCACUGUCCGGCUUAUCUAUGAUAGAUACGUAUGCCUCUAAUCUCUCUCCGGCCAUGGGGAGUUUCUCCCUAUAAGACCCUGUCUCUCCCACUCUUCAUCCCUCCCCUCCAGUACCACAGCAGGCGAGAGGAAGAGAGGGAGGAAGCGAUGGGGAGGUGCAGCAGGGUGAGGCACGUGGUAUGGCUGCGGCAGAUUCUGCGGCGGUGGAGGGUGACGGCGGCGGCGGCGGCGAUGACGUCGUCGAGGAGGAGGAGCGGGUGGGCGGCGCCGUCGGACGUGCCGUUAGGGCACGUGGCGGUGUGCGUGGGGAGCAGCUCGCGGCGGUUCGUCGUGCGGGUGACCCACCUCAACCACCCCGUGUUCCGGCAGCUGCUCCGCCAGGCCGAGGAGGAGUACGGCUUCCCGUCCCGCUCCGGCCCGAUCGCCCUCCCCUGCGACGAGUCCCUCUUCGAGGACGUCCUCUGCCUCAUCUCCUUCUCUUCUUCUUCUUCUUCUUCUUCUUCUUCCUCCUCCUCGAGAUUCGCCAACGGCAACCUGGAGGACUGUGACUUCAACAACAUCUGUUGAUUUGAUGGAUCGGAGAAGAAACGCUUCGCAUCUUCAUCAACUUUUCUUCACGGAUCCUUAUUGCUGGCAUUUCUUCUUCUUUGUAUGUCACCAUUAGUAUCUAAUUCUCUGGAUUCUUGGAUCAAUGAGAGACGGGCAGCUCAACCGUGCCACCCGUUGAAUCGGAUCACUCGCACAGCGUAGAGUCAUGACAUGUUCUUUCAACUCUACUCGAAGCUCACCAGUGUUCUGCAUUUUGUAUUCUACGGCUCUCUCUCUCGUAAAUAUUAUUGUUGUUAUUAUUAUUAGCAAUAUUUCUUUUAUUCUGCUUGAUGAUUA